UUUUUCAUCUCUCUCGUUAUCUCUCUUGUCUGAACCAAAUCGUGUCACAUCUUCAUCUUCUUCACUUUACCAAAUCUUAUCGAGUCUACUUUUUUUUUCUCAAAUUCUGGAAUCUACUUGUUUCUUUCUAGAUACCUUUGAAUCGCAUCUCUGAUCCAGCUUCUUUCCUUUCCUUUGAACUCAAAUUCCUCAAAGUCGUACCUUUGAAUCAAGACUAUGGAAGUCUUAUCGCUUGACUCACUACCUGUGGGAUUCAGAUUUAGUCCAACGGACGAGGAGCUAGUCCGUUACUAUCUCCGUCAGAAAAUCAACGGCCGUGAUGAAGAAGUCAGAGUGAUCCGUGAGGUCGAUAUCUGCAAAUCGGAGCCAUGGGAUUUACCUCAUUUGUCUGUGGUGAAGACAACAGACUCGGAGUGGCUCUUCUUCUGUCCAAUAGACCGGAAGUAUCCUAGCGGAGGUAGGAUGAAUCGAGCCACCCUUGCUGGCUACUGGAAGGCGACAGGGAAAGACCGAAUGGUCAAAACAGGCAAGAAGUUUAUAGGCGUUAAGAGGACUUUAGUCUUUUACAAAGGUCGUGCUCCUAAAGGGACACGUACCUGUUGGAUUAUGCACGAGUAUCGCGCAACUGAGCAGGAUCUUGAUGGGACAAAGCCUGGCCAGAACCCGUUUGUCAUAUGCAAAUUGUUUAAGAAGCAAGAUGUUGUGCAUCCGGAAGAUUUGAAGUCAUGUGAAAUGGAACCAGCAGUCUCAUCUCCAACUGAAGUGUCUGAGGUUUCUCUGGCUUUCCCUAAAACCGAAGAGACAAAGCCUUCUGAUGUGGCAGAAUCUUCCUUUGCAGUCUCUGGCGAGUGUCAUAGUGAAGUCUCUGCUCCUGAGGUUGCAACCUCUGAGCAGCUUGACAAUAUCGAUUGGACCUCAUAUCUGGAGUUGGAGACUCUGGAUUACAAUAUUUUCUCUCCGUUGGACUCUCAGUUGCAAUCUGAGCUUGGAACCUCUUUCAAUGGUUUCCCUUCUGGCUCAACCGAGCUGUUCAGUAACCAGGAUGAAGCUCCUGUUCAGGCUCAAGCUCAGGCUCAGUUCUGUUCAAACGACAUCGACCAAUCUAUGUUUGAGCUCUUGGAUUCGGUUCUUGAGUUUCCUUCUGAGUUUCCAGAGCAGAAACAUGUAGUGCAGCAGGCGCCAGAAAUUAUGACUUAUGAGCCGCGUAGUCUUGUCAACACUAGCAACAAGAUCAGUAACGAUGUGUCCGGAACAGGUAUCAAGAUUAGGGCACGACGGGCACCAGCCCCUGGUGGUGCUGAGCAGUUUGGAAUGCAGGGCAAUGCGCCGAGAAGGCUGCGUCUUCAGGUUAACCACAAGUCAGAAGCUGAUAGUCCUCAGCUCCAAUGUAUCAAGCAAGAGGUCAAGGAUGCAGCUGAGGAAACUGUAACGAAGGGAUGUGGAAGUUUCAUGAGAUCAAAGAGCAGCAGCAUAUUCAAGAAUAUUGCAGCUAUGGGAGGUUCAUACAGAGGGCUUUUCAAAGCGGGGGUGGUUGCGGUUGUCUUUGCUAUUUCGGUUUGCAGUCUAACCGGAAAAUUCGGCUGAAGCUUAUGCUUGUUGGUCAAGUCAAUAAAAGAAGGAAGAUGGUUUUUUUUUUCUGGUUGAGAGGGCGGGUGGUUUGUAUGUAUCGGACUUGGCCUGGUUCGGCAUCUGUUUUUGUUGAUGUUGAUGUUGUCGUUAUUGUUGGUUUAAGCUUAACCGAGGCCGGUUUAGGAGAGUAGUGGUUAACUUGUAUGGAUCAUAAAUUAUAGCUAUGUUUUACAUGUAAGAGGUAGCCUAAUGCUCGUAGAAAUUUUUCUUUUGCUCGACA